CUCCUCUUCCACCUCCUCCUCAAUCGUAGAAUGGCUACUCCACAAGAGUUAGACAUUCUCACAAAGUCUUUCACAGGAUUUGGAGUUGAUGAGAAGUCAAUAACAAGAAUAUUGGGGAAAUGGAAGCCGGAGGAAAGGGAAUCCUUUAGGAAGGGAUCUCCCAACUUCUUUAAACAAGAUGAUCGUCUCUUUGAAAAAUGGAAUGCUGACCAUAUUGCCCUCCUCAAACGUGAAUUCUCUCGUUUCAAGAAUGCAGUGGUUUUGUGGACAAUGCAUCCUUGGGAAAGAGAUGCUCGUCUGGCAAAGGACUAUUUGAUUAAGGAGAACCGAUCUUGUGAUGUUCUGAUUGAGAUCGCUUGCACCAGAUCAUCGGAAGAGCUUUUGGGGGCGAGGAAGGCCUACCACUCCCUCUUUGAUCACUCCCUCGAGGAAGAUGUUGCUUCUCAUAUCCACAGCACCAACCGCAAUUUUUUUGUAGCACUGGUGAGUGCCUACCGAUACGAGGGUUCGAAGGUGAACGAUGAGGUUGCAAAAUCAGAAGCUAAGAUCCUCUGUAACGCCAUUAAGAAUGCCAAUACGAAGAACCCGGUCGAGGAGGAGGAAGUAGUAAGGAUACUAUCAACUAGGAGCAAGGCCCAUUUGAAAGCAAUCUAUAAACACUACAAGGAAAUGUUUUCCAAGACACUUGAUGAGGAUUUGGAGCAUGGAUCAAGCUUAAAAGAAGCAGUUAUGUGCCUUUGCACUCCUCAAGCAUAUUAUAGCAAGGUAUUGAAUGCUUCACUGAAGAGUGGUGCAGAUGAGAAAACAAAAGUUGCACUUACUAGAGUGGUUGUAACCAGAGGUGAUUCUAACAUGAAAGAGAUCAAAGAGGAGUACCAUAAGGAACAUGGAGUUUCCCUCUCUCAGAAAAUCGAAGAGACAACUCAUGGGAACUACAAGGACUUCUUGCUUUCCUUGAUUGAAAGGGGAGAGUAAUUUAAAGAAAAUAA